CUCGGAGCAGCGGGCGGUCAGGGCUUUACCACUCUCAAUAGACUUUUCAAAUAGAAAGAGACGGAUUUGAAGGCAAGAUACAGCAGCACUAAAAUUUCCUCCAGUGUGGUGGGAGCCAGGAUUUGGUCUUCUGGAGCAUGAGCACUAAGCUCUUUAGUUUUGGACUGUGUUAGCAGGACUUUUCAAAGAAAUAGCAAUGGCUGCUGCGGCAGCUGCAUCACACCUGAACCUGGAUGCCCUUCGGGAAGUGUUAGAAUGCCCCAUCUGCAUGGAGUCUUUCACAGAGGAGCAGCUUCGGCCCAAGCUCCUGCACUGUGGCCAUACCAUCUGUCGCCAGUGCCUAGAGAAGCUCCUGGCCAGUAGUAUCAAUGGUGUCCGCUGUCCUUUUUGCAGCAAGAUUACCCGCAUAACUAGUCUGUCCCAACUGACAGACAACCUGACAGUGCUGAAGAUCAUUGACACAGCGGGACUCAGUGAAGCUGUGGGGCUGCUCAUGUGUCGGGCCUGUGGGCGACGGCUACCCCGGCAGUUCUGUCAGACCUGUGGCGUGGUGUUAUGUGAGCCGUGUCGGGAAGCAGACCACCAGCCUCCAGGCCACUGUACACUCCCUGUCAAAGAGGCAGCUGAGGAGCGACGUCGAGACUUUGGAGAGAAGCUGGCCCGCCUGCGGGAGCUCAUGGGGGAACUACAACGGCGGAAGGUAGCCUUGGAAGGUAUCUCCAAGGACCUUCAAGCAAGGUAUAAAGCAGUUCUCCAGGAGUAUGGGCAUGAGGAACGAAGGAUCCAGGAAGAGCUGGCCCGCUCUCGCAAAUUCUUCACAGGCUCUUUGGCUGAGGCUGAGAAGAGCAAUAGUCAAGUGGUAGAAGAGCAGAAUUACCUGCUUAACAUUGCAGAAGUGCAGGCAGUGUCUCGCUGUGACUACUUCCUGGCCAAGAUCAAGCAGGCAGAUGUAGCACUGCUGGAGGAGACAGCUGAUGAGGAAGAACCCGAGCUCACUGCCAACCUGCCCCGGGAGCUUAUCCUACAGGAUGUAGAGCUCCUUAAGGUUGGCCAUGUUGGCCCCCUCCAAAUUGGGCAGGCUGUGAAGAAGCCACGGACAGUUAACAUGAAUGACUCCUGGACUGUGGAGGCUGCAGCUUCUGCUGCUUCUACUUCUGUUACUUUUAGAGAGAUGGACAUGAGCCCUGAGGAGGUGGUUGCCAGCCCUCGAGCCUCACCCGCCAAGCAGCGGGGUUCGGAGACAGCUAGCAAUAUCCAGCAGUGCCUCUUUCUCAAGAAGAUGGGGGCCAAAGGCAGCGCUCCGGGAAUGUUCAACCUUCCUGUCAGUCUCUUUGUGACCAGCCAAGGUGAGGUCCUAGUUGCUGACCGUGGCAACUACCGCAUACAAGUCUUUACCCGCAAAGGCUUUUUGAAGGAAAUCCGCCGCAGCCCAAGUGGCAUUGAUAGCUUUGUGCUGAGCUUCCUUGGGGCUGAUUUACCCAAUCUCACUCCUCUGUCAGUGGCCAUGAACUGCCACGGGCUGAUUGGUGUGACUGACAGCUAUGACAACUCCCUUAAAGUUUAUACCUUGGAUGGUCACUGUGUGGCCUGCCACAGAAGCCAGCUGAGCAAACCCUGGGGUAUCACAGCCCUUCCAUCUGGCCAGUUUGUGGUAACUGAUGUGGAAGGUGGGAAGCUCUGGUGCUUCACUGUUGACCGUGGAGCAGGGGUGGUCAAAUACAGCUGCCUCUGCAGUGCUGUGCGGCCCAAGUUUGUCACCUGUGAUGCUGAGGGCACUGUCUACUUCACCCAGGGCUUGGGCCUCAAUCUGGAAAAUAGGCAGAAUGAGCACCACCUGGAAGGUGGCUUCUCCAUUGGCUCCGUGGGCCCUGAUGGGCAGCUGGGUCGUCAGAUCAGCCACUUCUUUUCAGAGAAUGAGGAUUUCCGCUGCAUUGCUGGCAUGUGUGUGGAUGCUCGAGGUGAUCUCAUCGUAGCUGAUAGUAGUCGCAAAGAAAUUCUCCACUUUCCUAAGGGUGGAGGCUAUAGUGUCCUGAUUCGAGAGGGGCUCACCUGUCCAGUGGGUAUUGCCCUUACUCCUAAGGGGCAGCUGCUGGUCUUGGACUGUUGGGAUCACUGCAUCAAGAUAUACACCUAUCACCUGAGAAGAUAUUCUACCCCUUAGGGGAUGAGAAACAAGUUUCUUCCGUUCCUCAAGCAACUUUCCUUCCCCUCUUCCUUGGUGAUUGGUGGUAUUAUAGAAUAGACUCACUCUAUGUCCUUUUUCCAGCUGGCUAGUCCUAGUUUAGAAGCUCUGUCCUUUUGUGCUUUUUGUUUGAAUUGUUUUCCCCCAAAACUAGAGUUUCAGUAGACACACUGUUCCAAAUAGAGCACAUCAUGGGAUUAGCUAAAGUUUGAUUAGAGCAUAGGCACUUUUAAGGUGUCAGUAGUAUUUUGCUCCUGUAUUUGCAAUUUGUCUGUGUACUGAGUCCUUGUUGAUUUUCCUCUUUUAGCUUUGCUGAUCCUGAUCCCUUAUUUACUUCUUAUAAUGGACUUCAAUUAUGACACUUUCUCUUGGACUCUGCUGCAUUCCCCAUGCAUGCCCCAGUGGAAUCUAUUCCACCUUCCAGUGACAUUUCACAUAUCACCUCUCUGUGCCAUGUAGUCCCUGGUCUAAUCACAUUUAUCAACGUGAAAGCUUACUUAUGUAAUGCCACCAGGGGAGCUGUAGAGUUCCUCUGAGAACAGUACCUCUUGACUCUGAGGAUUUUGUACCGUCUUGAACUGGUCUCAAAUUGCAGAUGUGACAGAGAAUGGAUUCACCCUAGAUGGUUGGUGUUGAAAAGCUAGCCCUGAAAUUGCUUGCCUUUUAAAAGGCUACGUGGAUUGAAAUUAUGCUAAGGUAUAGGCAGACGGAAAUAAAUAAAAUGUUAUAAUCAACAAGCAUUUUUGAAUAGUCUCUAGGGCUCGUCAUUUUCAUACUAUCUCUGUCCAAUGACCUAUGCAGUUUUCUGAGCCAUUGUACCACACUGGCCAGCACUCACAAACUGGGGAGGUGGGCACAUCUCUUGGGCUGUCAGUAAAGUCAUGUCACAUUUUUGCAAAGGAAAACAAAAAAAUAUCAUGACUUUUUGGACAACUCAAUAAUUUCAUUACUGAAACAAAACUAUUGAACCCUAACUCCGUACUUUGCUUGAGUACACAGUUCCUGGUUUUAGAAUUUAUUUAAUUCCUCUAUCAAACAUUAAAUAAUUGAUAACUAUUUCUU